AAAGAAGGCGCAGUUGCUACAGAAAACAUAACAAUCAGUGUAAAACUUGAAAAAUGCCGUGAUGUAAGCUUCAAAGUCAAACCAAGCACAGCGAUGCAAAAAUUAAUGGAUUCAUAUUGUUUAAAGCAACAUUUACGAAUAGAAAAAGUAAGAUUCGAGUAC